AUGCAGCGAGACAGACUUGGUCAGCGGGGUGGAGCUAGGAUCACGGCUGAGGAGUACAACCACUCACUCAGCAAACUCGUCAGCACGAAGAGGAGGGUUAAGCCAAGUCGUAAAGCGGCAUUCAUGGCCGCAUUUCCAGUCAAAGCCUCGCCAAGACUCCAUCCUGAUGAAGAGGGAGCAUCCGUCCUGCCACUGAAAGAGGCGUCAAUAACUGACUCUGGACACAGCACAACUCCGAACACAAACGAAACAACCAGCAAUCCUGAAGUGAAUAGGCCCGUUGGAGUGAGACAUAAAUUGCAAAUUUUUGUCCAAGGUCUCCUCCUACCAAAGACAAUAUGCCUGCAGCUGGAUCCAGAGACAUCCGUAUCAGCUCUAAAGGCACACAUUCAAGCUGAGAGUGGCAUCCAGCCCCAAGAACAACGCCUUUACAUCGGGAGAAACUUUCAGCUUUGUGACCUACUCUCCAUUCGCGACCAUGGGAUACAACAAGACCAGAACAUCAAACUUCGUGUUGGCGGCUUGUUAGGCGGUGGACCAUUAGAGAAAUACUUCUCCACGUUAUCACGCAAGCUUGGAAAAGACUGGAAGCUGGUAGCCAGACAAUUGGAUUUCGAGGAAGGAGAAAUCUACGCCUUCCAAGAAAACGACAGGGGAAACUUACACGAACAAAUCUUCCAGAUGUUAGAUGCUUGGUGGAAGAAGCAGGACAUCCCCGCAGACGCCCCUGAGAAGCUGAGAGACGCUCUGAAAGAUGUGGGCCGUGCUGACUUGGCAUCACAAGUACAAGAUGCCUGGUGGAAGAAGCAGGAUAACCCCGCAGACACAACUGAGAAGAUGAGUGACGCUCUGACAGAUGUGGAACGUGCUGACUUGGCACCGCAAGAACAAGGCACUGCAAAACCUCGUUUUGAUGUUGAACAGUGUGCAAGAGAAUUGGCAGCACAUUACCGAGGGACGAUGAAAGUGACGACACAUCCUAAAGAGAAGCACAUGGCUAGAGAGAUAGAUGACAUCUGCAUCAACCUGCAGCUACUGCAAGAGACGAAUGUACCAUCUCCUGUCUCCUCAUCGGAGGCAAAGAUGCAAGCAGAAACUGGCAGACAAGAGGAGAAUUACAAAGCUUCAAAAAGAGGUACUCCUGUUCCACCCAGUUCACAACCUGAUAGGGACAAAGGGUUUCAUGUUCAGAAAAUGUCCCUUGACUCAUAUAAAGACAUGCUCGUGCUUAAAUCAAAUCGAUUAUUAAUCAGAGCUGAGGCUGGUUACGGCAAAACCACACUCCUUAAAAGGAUUGCAUACGAUUGGGCAGAUCUUAAAACCAAGGGCGAUGAUCAAACUCAAAACCAACAACCUGAGCACACAUCAGUUCUGGAAAGGUACGAGCUUGUCUUUGUGAUCGAUGUUAAUCGAAUGGGCAAGAAUUUCGACAUUGUUGACGCCAUUUUCUCUCAGAUACUCACAGACAGCAGACUGAAGAAAAAAGACUUAGAACAAUACAUCCAUGAGAAUCAAGAGCGCGUAUUGAUUUUGUUUGAUGGCGCUGAUGAGGUUUCUUUGCAAAGAGUAAAGGAUGCACAGUGCGAGAAAGUAUUAGACUUGAACGGUGUAUUAUCUUUCAAGUUACUCAAGUCGUGCAAGGUCAUAGUUACGAGCCGACAGAAGACUGCGAAUGAGCUGCUGGAUAUGCAUGCACACUACACAAAAAUUAAUAUGAUGGGCUUUGAUGAGAACGACAGGCGAAAAUACGUUACGAAAUACUUGGCAAAUUUUGAACCUGAUAAUCAAAACAACUUCCUUGAAAAGGUUAAUGGAUGCGAAACGCUUCGUAGUUUAGCCGAAAUACCGUUAUUUCUGUGGUUGAUGUGCCACACAUGGGCAGAAAAAAGGAAACUGCCAGAUCAAAUAACAAGCCUUUUUCGGGAUAACAUUCAGCUGCUUAUCCAGCAUAAGGCCAGUAAGGAAACAGAUGAGCAUGUUUCUGAUGCUGAGAAACAUGUUUCACAACUCGGUCAGAUAGCUCUUGAAGGUUUGUUAGAUUCAAAUGGGGAAAAGCUUCAUUUCAUGGAAGAUGAGAUCGAUUCAAAGGAUCUUGAGAUUUUGGACAAGGGAUCUGAUGUUGGCUUGUUGACAAAAAGAAAAGAUGUUCAAGGUCUCAAUACGGUUGCUCACUUUUCGUUUCUGCACAAAACUUUCCAAGAAUAUAGUGCGGCGGCAUAUCUGGCAGAUUUGUUCAGGACUGACAGAGAAGCCUUUGACCAAUACCUGUCUGGUAUAUUUCUUGGAGAUGUGGAAAGCUUGGAAUACGUCCUGCGAUUCUGCUGUGGACUGAACCCAGAUGCGGCCGAGGUGAUUCUGAGGCGAAUGACAGAUCUCUUGAAGCAAAAUGACUUGAACAAGCCAUUGCAUAGAAUUUCGAUGUUGCUCCUAUUUGAAGCUCAGUCAGAAUCUAUCGUUAAAGAAUUUCUUGAGACUGUGAAGAUUGAGUUUCCAUAUAAACUCCAAGCAACGUUACGCCAUGCAUCCGCUGUGUGUGUGUCGUCAGAUGGUCUCUUCCCGUCUACUCUCGGGUGA